GCACCGUUCAGUUGGUUUGCCAACCGCCAAUAAAAUUUAAAGAAGAAGAAGAAGGUGUAAAACACGAGGGCUAGAGUGCUAAUCUCGAGCAUUUUCAGCCGUCAUGGGAAAACAGAAGAAACAGAAAAAAUAUGCUACCAUGAAAAGAAUGAUCAGUUUAAAGGAUCAGAGGAUAAAAGAACAGGACAGGGCAAAAACACAAAAGAAGAAGAAAGAAGAUCCCUCAGUCAUUAAAGAACAAGAAGUAGCAAAAUACCCAUCUUGUAUGUUCUUUCAAUACAACACCCAGCUUGGACCUCCAUAUUACAUCCUUGUUGAUACCAACUUUAUCAACUUUUCUAUUAAGGCCAAAUUAGAUGUUGUCCAGUCAAUGAUGGACUGCCUCUAUGCUAAAUGUGUUCCUUGCAUAACGGACUGUGUGAUGGCUGAGCUUGAGAAAUUAGGGAUGAAGUUUCGAGUGGCUUUGCGGAUUGCAAAAGAUUCCCGCUUUGAUCGAUUACCUUGCUCACACAAAGGAACGUAUGCUGAUGACUGCUUGGUGCAAAGAGUAACGCAGCACAAAUGUUACAUUGUGGCCACGGUGGACAGGGACCUAAAAAGGAGGAUUCGGAAGAUCCCAGGAGUCCCCAUCAUGUACAUCUCCAAUCACAGGUAUAACAUUGAGAGGAUGCCAGAUGAUUAUGGCGCACCACGGAUGUAGAUGUUUGUUUGUUUGUUUUUCUUUCUUUUUUUGUAAGAAUUUGUUUGGUGGAUAAGUGGGGGACCUUCUACAUUUAAAAGAUUUCCCCUGUGAAUUAUGUUCAGAACUCAGUACAAUAAAGUUUUGGGCAUUCAGAGUACAUCAGAGGAAAUUAAAAGGUGGAGAAAAUAUAGGAGGAAAAUGCAACCAAUGAAAAUGACUAACCCAAACCUAAUGACUAGUCCAAAUCUAGUGGCUGUUGUGGGAAACUUCGGUGAUCUAGGAUAUCCUCUUCUUGAUAUUAAUGUGUUAUUGAUUUAAAUUAUUUGGUGUCUCCCAUCAAUGAUAUUGAUUUAAUCAAACAUAUUAAAUUGGCCUAGUAGUCUUUAACUAUUGCAAUAUGUUAACAGCUCACCAAUGCAGUUUUAAAUAAUAAUGAACCUUUCCCCUGAAGCCACUCCCUGGCACUCUUUUAUGUUCAGAGAAUCUUAAGAUUUUUUAUUUUUUUAUUUUUUUUUUUUGUGUCUUCAUCUUAACAAUGACAUCUCUGUCAGUUGUUUACACAUCUGGUUGUAUCCCUUCUGCUUGGAGGCUGUCAUAAAUAAAAAUCACCAUAGAUAAAUUUA